UUAAAAUAUCUCCAGCGCAAACUGAAUUUGAUCGGCAGAUCCUGUUAGUCAUGUGUAAAAUCUCAAAAUUCACACUUGAUUUUAAAGAAUUAAGUGUUGCAAAGGGAUGAGAGGAUACAUGAGUGUUAAUGGCAUCUAAAGUAACCCCAAAACUCAUCACCUGCUUAAUCCUCCCUUCCUGCUUCCUCAUCCUCUUCUACUCCUCAUUCCUCCCUUUCAUCCCACAGUCCCCCUCUUCCAAAACCCCUAUUUUACCCUCUGCAGCAUGCAAUCUCUUCGAGGGGCGGUGGGUUCUCGAUCCCACUCGCAAACCAAUGUACGAUUCCACCUGCCCCUUCCACAGAAAUGCGUGGAAUUGCAUCAAGAAUCAGAGGGAUAACAUGGCCCGGAUCAAUUCCUGGAAAUGGAUGCCCCGUGGCUGCGAUCUGGACCGGGUCGACCCGGCCGGGUUCUUGGAUUUGAUGAGGAAUAAGAAUAUUGGGUUUGUUGGGGACUCUUUGAACGAGAACUUCUUGGUGUCGUUUCUGUGUGUGCUGAGGGUGGGUGAUCCUGGUGCUAAGAAAUGGAAGAGAAAGGGUGCUUGGAGAGGGGCUUAUUUCCCCAAAUUCAAUGUGACUGUGACCUAUCAUCGAGCUGUUUUGCUGGCCAGAUAUGAGUGGCAGACUAAACAGCCUGGGCUUUCUGGUCAAGAUGGAGUUAAAGGAAUAUAUCGAGUAGAUGUUGAUAUCCCGGCAAAUGACUGGGCUAACAUUUCUGAUUUCUACAAUGUUCUGGUCUUCAACACUGGUCACUGGUGGGGUCCCGAUAAAUUCCCAAAAGAGACUCCACUCGUAUUCUUCAGAAAUGGGCAGCCAAUACAUCCUUCUCUGGAACUGAUGGAUGGGCUGAAAGUUGUUGUCAAGAACAUGGUAGCUCAUAUUGAGAAAGCAUUCCCCAAGAAGGUGCUCAAGUUCUGGCGGCUGCAGUCACCACGGCAUUUUCAUGGCGGCGAUUGGAAUCAGAACGGAAGUUGCUUGUUCAAUGAGCCUCUAAAAGAAUCUGAGCUUGAUUUAUGGUUUGAUCCGGCUAACAACGGAACAAACAGAGAAGCUAGAAGAGUGAAUGAAGUGAUUAGGGAUAUGUUGAAGGGGACGAGCAUCAGACCCCUGGACUUGAGUCGUUUGAGCGAGUGGAGAGCCGAUGCUCACCCGGCAGUGUGGUUGGGGAAGAAGGAUGCAGUGGCCGUGUGGGGACAGGACUGCAUGCAUUGGUGCCUGCCUGGUGUUCCUGAUACUUGGCUUGAUAUCUUAGCACAACUCAUUACCUACAACGUUUGAUGCAAGAUUUCAAAGUUGGUUUUCACCUAUUAAUUUCAUUAUUGUAAAACCACUCAGUUAAAAUGCAACCACCAUUUUUACGUGCUCUAUGUAUCUUUGGUCUUUUUGAUGUUUUGCUAAGUGUCCUUCCUAUCUUCGUAGCAUAGAUUAAAUAAGAUCUCUGUAUACUAUCUCUGUCCAUUAUUAACAUAACUUUUUCUUUUUGUCCA